AACCGGGGAGGGGGGGCGAAGGCGGCGACGGGACGGGACGGGACGGGACGGGACGCGACGGGACCGAUCCGCCCCCCCGGCCCCGCAGCAGCCCCACAGCAGCCCCACAGCGCCCUCAGCGGCCCGCAUGGAGCCGCCGUGCCCGGUUUGAGCGAGUACGGCGGGACCAGCAGCCGCCGAGCCCCGCCGGGCGGGCGGGCGCAGCAUGGUGGACUAUAUCGUGGAGUAUGACUAUGACGCAGUGCAUGACGACGAGUUAACGAUUCAAGUUGGGGAAAUAAUCAGGAAUGUGAAAAAACUGGAAGAAGAAGGAUGGCUAGAAGGGGAGCUAAAUGGCAAGAGGGGCAUGUUCCCUGACAACUUUGUGAAGGAAGUUAAGAAGGAUGUAGAGCCCAAGGAUGAUGCCCUACCAGCCAAGAAGGAGAAAUCUGGCAAUGUAGCAAGCCUCGUUCAUCGUAUGAAUAUCUGUGGGCUUCCAGCAGGAGGAUUUCAGCCCCAUCCACCACCCAAAAGCUUCAAGAAGAAGUCCAAGAAGAGGCAAUGUAAAGUGCUCUUUGAAUACGUCCCGCAGAAUGAGGAUGAGCUGGAACUCAAGGUGGGGGAUGUGAUCGACAUCAGUGAAGAGGUAGAAGAAGGCUGGUGGAGUGGAACACUAAAUGGCAAGUCAGGGCUGUUUCCUUCUAACUUUGUGAAAGAAUUGGAAUCGACAGAUGAUGGAGAAACACAGGACGCUCUGGAUGACGCAGAGUCUGUUUUCAGUGGUCCUACCUCACCUGUGGCUUCUCCAGGGAAUGGAGCUGAACCUGGAUCUGGACCAGCACAGCCAAAGAAAAUACGAGGUGUUGGGUUUGGAGAUAUCUUUAAAGAAGGCUCAGUUAAACUUAAGACAAGAUUAUCCAGUGGUGAACCAGAAGAUAAAAAGCAAGAUAAGUCCUCACCUCACCAUCCCCCUGGAGCAAAGCCAAUUCAUUUUCCUUGCGUAACAAAAAUGGAAAACUCGUCAGAAGGAACAAAAUCAGAAGGUGAAAGUAAAGCAAAAGCCAAGGAAUAUUGCAGGACAGUAUUUCCCUAUGAAGGCACAAAUGAUGAACUGAGUUUUAAAGAAGGCGAGAUUAUUCAAAUUAUCACUAAGGAUACUGGAGAGCCAGGCUGGUGGAGAGGAGAACUCAAUGGUAAAGAAGGAGUCUUCCCUGAUAAUUUUGCUGUUCAAAUACAAGAACAUGAUAAAGACUUCCCUAAGCCAAAGAAACCUCCACCUCCAGUUAAAAGUCCAGCUCCUAAACCUGAAUUGCCAACUGGAGAGAAGAAAUUCCCUUCGAGGUCUGAAGAAAAAGAUGAAAAAGGAGCUUUGGAUCAGAAGCCUUUGAAGCCACAAGCUCCUCAAGUACCACCCAAGAAGCCCAUUCCUCCAAGCAAGACUAACAGCUUUUUGAGAGCAGGGUUUCAGCACCCAAAACGUCCAGAAAAACCUGCUUUGCCAUCAUCUGCAUCCAAAUCUAAUGGAGAAGUCGUUUCUCUUCGACCAAAAUCUGAAAUUGAGCCAGUAGCAAAACCAAAGUUAGACUCUGAACAGUUACCACUUAGACCAAAAUCAGUAGAGGUAGAUUCACUUGUGGUAAAGAGCUCUCGAGAAUCAGAUCUAUUAAGCUUUGAUGACGUAAUAGCUACCUCAGAUAAUCUAUCACACCCUACUGCAAGUCGACCCAAGAUGCCUGGUAGAAGGCUGCCUGCACGUUUCAGUGGUGGUAUUUCUUUAAGUGAAAAUGACAGUGCAGAAAAAAAACUGAAGGUGCAGAAGGAAGAAGAAGAAAGUGCCAAACCAAAGCCAGUUGAAACGAAAAAGCCAUCUGUGUUGAGUCCACCAAUUCCAUCUUCAUCUCAGAGACCAAGUUCUGUUAUACUCAACUUUUUUCCGGGAGAAGUCCAACUUAAAGGAGAAACAGAGAAUAUGCAAAUACAAACUUCUGUGGAAGAGCUCAGGACUCAGAUUCAUGAUUUGAUGAGUUUAGUAGACGCACUGAAAAAAGAACAUGGGAGAGAACUGGAAAAAAUAAGGAAGGAUUUGGAAGAAGAAAAGCUGAAGCGAAGUAUUCUGGAGGUUGAAAUAGAAAAAUUGAAGAAAGCAGUGAUGUCUACAUGAGACACCCAUGGACUUGCUAUCUUUAACUUGCCAGGAAUUCAAGCUGAACACAAGCGGAACUGACUCUCUUAUUUUGUAAUAAUGGAUGCUGGUGUUCUACAGUCUUAAAGAAAAAUAUAGUAACAGAGGAAUAUAGUCUUUUAUUCAGAGAUAAGAAAACAAAAGAGAAUAAUGGUGUAAUUUUUUUGCCAAUAUAAAAGAGGCCUUAUUUCUUACUGUGCUGGAAUUGCAGACCUUUAUUUUUGGUUUGCUUGAAAAUACUACUGAAUCUGUAUAAAAAGGAGAGGGAAUUCUUAAUAGAUUUUUAUUGAAUACCUGUAGCUUAAUUUUUAAAGAGAUCUAUACUAUAAAUAGGGUGAUCUAUCUUUACAAGUAAUCUGUAAAAUAAUCUAUUGGGAGGGACGGAAUAGCUGUAUCGUAAUUGUAGUCACUAUUUUUCCCCUACAUGCAAAAAGGGAAUAUUUGUAUAUUUUUUAAUUUUGGCAGUCUUACCCAGGGUUAUGCUGUUGUGCCUGUCUGCAGUGAGAAUAUUAAUAAUAUGCUGUUUAUAAGUUGAGCAAUGAGAUAGGAAUUUGUUAAUGCAGUGAAUCGGAUGACACACCUAUGCAUUGUAGUAAGAAAGGAUGACCUAAUCAGAGGAGUUUAGCAGAACAUUUUGUCACUUGCACUAUUGGAUUAAAAAGGGAUUUAGGACUGCAUCACGAAGUUACAACAAAAGUAACUCUUAAUACUACAAAAUGCAAGAAACACAGAAACAAGGCUAGAAUCCAGUCUUAAGUGAACCUGUUGUGCCUAAAAUACUGCAGCACACAACGUGAAAAAAUAAACCUUAACUCACAGUGUCUGUGCUUGUGUGUACCUAAACUGAAGUCAUCACCCUUUCUAGUGGUUAAGUAUGAAUUUUGAUCUGUUUUUACAAUAGUCAGUUUUUGUUUAUAAUAUGGCUCAAAAUAAAUCACUUUGGAACUUU